GAGCGGUUACGGUGGCCGGGGCGGCUCAGUGGCUCCCAGAAGGCGAAGCUGGGCUGGCUCGCCAGGCCUCGAGGAUGGCGGCUCACCUGAAGAAGCGGGUCUACGAGGAGUUCAGCAAAGUGGUGGUCCAGCAACAGCAGCAUGAAGAAAUUUCAGCCAAGAAACUCCGACUAACCAAGCCGAGCAAAUCUGCCGCGCUUCACGUAGACCUUUGCAAGGCCACUUCACCGGCAGAUGCAUUACAGUACCUGCUCCAGUUCGCUAGGAAACCAGUGGAAGCUGAAAGUGUGGAAGGAGUUGUGCGAAUCUUGCUGGAACAUUAUUACAAGGAAAACGAUCCUUCUGUGAGACUAAAAAUUGCUUCCUUGCUGGGCUUGCUGUCAAAGACUCCUGGGUUUUCUCCUGAUUGCAUUCUGGACGAUGCCAUUAACACGCUCCAAAAUGAAAAGUCCCACCAAGUUCUGGCUCAGCUUUUGGAUACGUUGCUGGUGAUUGGGAAGAAGCUUCAAGAGAACCCUGCAGUGCGAGGGCGUCUUAUAGACGUAGCUUGCAAGCAUCUGACGGAUUCCUCCCAUGGUGUAAGGAACAAAUGCCUGCUCCUGAUUGGCUGUCUGGGGACAGUGGAAAAAGGUGGCUCGAAGGAAGCGGAGCACCAGUCUCCCAAAGACGUGCAGAAGAUUAUAGGGGAUCACUUUAGCGACCAGGAUCCACGAGUUAGGACUGCAGCUAUAAAAGCUAUGUUGCAGCUUCAUGAAAGGGGAUUAAAGUUGCAGCAAACAAUUUAUAGCCAGGCGUGUAAACUCUUAACGGAUGAUUAUGAACAGGUCCGCAGCGUAGCAGUACAACUCACUUGGGUCCUUAGCCAGCUUUACCCAGAAAGCAUUGUCCCAAUCCCAUCCUCCAAUGAAGAAAUCCGGCUAGUUGAUGAUGCUUUUGGGAAGAUUUGUCACAUGGUCAGCGAUGGCUCUUGGGUUGUAAGAGUCCAGGCUGCUAAACUAUUGGGAUCUAUGCAGCAAGUUAGUUCUCAUUUCUUAGAACAGACCCUGGACAAGAAGCUGAUGUCAGACUUGAGGCGAAAACGCACUGCCCAUGAACGGGCUAAAGAGCUGUACAGUUCUGGGGAAUUCUCAAGUGGCAGGAAAUGGGGGGAUGACGCUCCCAAAGAAGAAAUAGACACGGGGGCCGUGAACCUCAUUGAAUCGGGGGCCUGCGGAGCUUUUGUUCAUGGCCUGGAAGAUGAGAUGUACGAGGUCCGGAUUGCUGCUGUUGAAGCCCUCUGCAUGCUGGCACAGUCUUCACCCUCUUUUGCAGAGAAGUGCCUUGAUUUUCUGGUUGACAUGUUUAACGACGAAAUUGAGGAAGUGAGGCUGCGGUCAAUUCACACCAUGAGGAAGAUUUCCAACAACAUCACUCUCCGAGAGGAUCAACUAGACACAGUGCUGGGUGUCUUGGAGGACUCCUCCCGAGAUAUCCGGGAAGCUCUCCACGAGCUGUUGUGUUGCACCAACGUCUCGACCAAAGAAGGCAUCCAUCUUGCUUUGGCGGAGCUGCUAAAAAAUCUUUCCAAGUAUCCUACAGACAGGGAUUCCAUCUGGAAAUGUUUAAAGUUCCUGGGAGGCAGGCACCCCACUCUAGUGCUCCCACUUGUUCCUGAAUUGUUGGGCACCCACCCUUUCUUUGACACCCCCGAGCCAGACAUGGAUGACCCAGCUUAUAUUGCAGUCUUGGUUCUGAUUUUCAACGCGGCCAAAUCGUGCCCGACUAUGCCAGCACUGUUCUCCGACCACACCUUUCGGCACUAUGCCUAUCUUCGGGACAGUCUCUCGCACCUUGUCCCACCCUUGAGGCUGCCUGGGAAAAAGCUGGCAUCUUCUUCCGUGCCUGCCAGCCUCACACUUCAGGAAGACCCUUCCCAGGAAUUUCUACAGCAGAGCCUUGAAAGAGUUUUCAAUCUUCAGCAUCUAGAUCCACAGGGCACUCAGGAGCUGCUUGAAUUCACCAUUCGGUGCUUACUUUGCAAAAUGAGAGAGGGGUGGGGUGGGAACUUCAUCCAGGUUGGUGACGUCCACCAGAACUCAGCACAUGCUUUUCUGUUUCAUAGCCCCCAGACCCUUGUACAGGCCAGCCCUAUUCAGCAGUGUGGGUUUGUGCCCUGAAGCAGCUGCAGAAAUGCAAAGAUCUUGGUUACAAUAGUACUUUUUAUACCUUUGUAAGUGUUGUCUGUGGGGCAGCCCCUGGCAGAGCGAGUCAUAGAGGCAGAGGGAGUGAGGGGUAACUGACACGGGCAAAAUCCUUUCCUCUCUCUACGAAGAAGAGGCCCAACCUUUCUGUAGUGGUGGCUUUUUUUUCACUCUCUGCAUAAUAGUCCCCAAAGUGAUGUGCCCCUCCAUGCACACUGCACCAUUUUGAAACCAUUUUGAUAUUAAAGUAACAAAAGAUGCAGUAGAAACAUUUAGAUGAAAAGCUAAGGUAACGAUAAGAUUUCGGCUGGUGCCCCAAAUUUUUCCUAAACUUGGCUCUGGUUACACCUGAACCAAGUAGGAAUCUCAUAGUCAUGAUGCUUAAUAAAGCAUGUCUUCCCUCUAGUGCAGUGUUUCUCAACCUUGGCCAUUUUAAGAUGU